AUGGCAUCCAGAGUUCUCGACGAAUUUGUUAUUCAAGAAGUCGCCAAGACCUGUCCUGAACCGUUUGUUAAUUUCCAUAAAUGUUUAGAAGAUCCUACAAUCAAAGAUAAGAAUCAAUGUGCAGAGUUUCAAUUAGCUUUACAAAAAUGUGUUAAAACACAGGUUACUGUUUACAGGCACAUAGAAGAAAACUGCUCUGAAAAAAUAAUGAAAUACCAAGAUUGCAUAAUGAAAGAUACCGAAGGAAAUAGUAGUAGCAAGUGCUUUGACUACUUGAAAGACUUGAGAGAUUGUGCCAUGGGUGUUAUUCAGACCGAUGAGAAAAUGUCAAAAUAG